AGAAACUUUGGGAGCACUCAGGACCCUGAAGCAGAGAUCCCUGGAAUCUUGGCCAAAAACCAGAUCCACAGAUCUGGGUGAACGCAGGAGAUUUAAAGAAAACUAAGCAGGACUCCCAAGUCCUUGUAGCAGAGGUGUCCAAAGCACUUCUAUCCCCAGGAGAAGAGAUGGCUUCCAAAAGCGUACGGCUGCUCCUGCUGCUGAGCUGUGUGGCUAACUCUGACGUCCUGGGAGACAUCAUCAUGAGACCCAGCUGUGCUACCGGGUGGUUUUACCACAAGUCAAAUUGCUAUGGAUACUUCCGGAAGCCGAGGAGUUGGUCUGAUGCUGAGCUCGAGUGCCAGUCUCAUGGGAAUGGAGCCCACCUGGCAUCUGUCCUGAACUUAAAGGAAGCCAGCGCCAUUGCAGAGUACAUAAGUGGCUAUCAAAAGAACCAGCCUGUAUGGAUUGGCCUACAUGACCCACAGAAGAAGCAGCAGUGGCAGUGGAUUGAUGGAGCCACAUUUCUGUAUAGAUCCUGGUCUGGCAAGUCCAUGGGAGGAAACAAGCAUUGUGCUGAGAUGAAUUACAGGAACAACUUUUUAACUUGGAGCAACAAUGAAUGCAACAAGCGCCAGCAUUUCCUGUGCAAGUACAAACCAUAGAGCAAGAAUCAAGAUCCUGCCAACCCAUGUACUGGCUGCUUUCCCAUUUCCUUCUCUGCCAUGUUAGCUAAAUCUGAUCAUUACCUCAGAGAGUAAACAUGGUAAUUAAGAUUGAUGAGGCUCCUAUUGCACUGACUUUUCUGGACUUAACACAGAGACAACAUUGGUACGAUAGUGGCUUCUGGCCCUGAGCAUUCACUUCACAAUCUCUUGCCACAGUAAUCCUCUUUCCUCCUCCCCUCUCUCUGGCUGCCAUGAGCAGACUAGGUGUGUGCAUUCUUGACUGAGAUAACUAGAUAACUAGAUCUUGGGCAAUAAGGGGCAAAGGUUUAAAGACAGGAGGAAGAAAUUCAGACAUGAUCUUCUUGCCCCCUUUACCUCUGUACCUCCUCUGCCUUCCCCACUGACUACAUCCUUCCCCUCAGGCACCUGCUUAUUUUUCUGUUUGCCAUGUGAACGUUUACCAGUAGAGUAGU